GGCAUCAGCUGCUCCACCCUUAGCAGGCCACGCCUCCUCACACUCUUACAUAAGACCUUUACAAAACGUUUUGAGUAUAAAAACCCAGAUCCAGCAAACACAUUCAGAUCCUUUGCUUGUUUUCAAUGCAGACCAUGCGUUUACAAAGGUCAAUGUGCUUACUGGAAGCUGCCACUCUGAUUCUGCUGGCAGGAUGUUAUCAGCAUAUCUCAGCUGACAGUGUUAUGUUUGCUCCACCAGAGGUCUCCCUGCACAAUAAUACUCUGUAUGCGGCCUGCAGAAUGAGACCCAGCACCUUACUAGCUGAGGGUUUGCCCAGUGUGUACGGCCAUGUGCUUUUUAAGCAGGAUUACCCUAAUGGAAAGCUCAACAUUCUUUUCUGGUUGAAAGGCCUCCCCACAGAGGGUGACCCAGAGCCCAGAGCAGUGCACAUCCAUCAGUAUGGGGAUCUGAGCCUGGGGUGUGACUCCACUGGUGGCCACUACAAUCCCUAUACUGUUGAUCAUCCAAACCACCCAGGAGACUUUGGGAACUUGAGGCCCGAGCAAGGAAAAAUCAGGACAUUAAUUGAGUCGGAAGCAACACUGUUUGAAGGGAUGUCUGUGAUUGGAAGAGCAGUGGUGGUCCAUGAGAAGAUAGAUGACCUAGGACUGGGUGGAGAUGCUGGCAGCCUGCUGCAUGGAAACGCAGGCCGGAGGCUCAGCUGUUGUGUCAUUGGGAUUUCCUCCCCCCGUCUCUGGGAUAUGUAUUACAAGCAGUACACUAGCUGAGGAUAAAGUAGUCAAAGUAGCCAAAAAUGCCAUUAAACAUUCAUUCAUUCAAAUUUCCGAAUUUAAAGUUAUUUGUAAUAAUCAAGUGUCCAUAAGUAGAAGAUUUGCAUGGAUAAGGUUCGUUCUCUGUGAGCGUUUCUCCUGCGAUUACAUUCUAUAUCUGAUUGUUUGCGCCUUUAAUCACAAAGACAUACAUUAUAUUCAAAGGUUCUGUGCACACAGGUGGAAAACAACACUGAAACAUGGGACAGUUAAACUUGAGUUCAUGUUCGAGAUUUGAGUGACCUAAACCAUUUGACACCAAUAUUUGUAUAUAUGACAUCCUGAUCAGACACAGUCUAUUUCAUUAUAUGUCAUACUUGAGACACAAAUUACAGUUGUAAAUGAUUUAUUUUACAGAAAUAAAUCCACAUUAUUCACACUAAACAUACAUAUGGUUCAAUGUAACUUAGAUGUAUUUUUCAGUUUUUUAUAACCACAAAAACACAGUCAAGACAUUAGUGCUGGUAAUCUAAAUGAGGCUCCAGGGUGUAAAAGACAAAAGUCCUGUUAAUAUUUUCUUAACUAAAAUCUAUUUGUGCAGGGUUGCCCUAAAGCAAACAUUUGUCUUAGGAGAGAAACCGGCAAAGCAGCAAAUAUGGUCUACUUUUAUCAUUAUAAUAUUAUGUCAUGCAUCACUUUAUAUAAGAUGUUAUUGUGCUUCAGUGAUAAAAAUAUAUACUAGAUGUUAUAGUGUUGUGAGAAUCUACCAACAAAAAAUCAAAUAUUCAACUGGAAAUGUGUUUUAUUGUGUUGAUUAUAUGUUGAAAGAAACCAAAUAAAAUUGCUGGUUGUUAACAACA